CACAUGACCAAGUGGAAGUGUCACACAGACAUUCGUGUACAAAAUCAACUCUCGCCGGGCUAAAUAUAUCCUAAAAGACCGGCCUCUGGCAACGGAUCUAGCUCCCAACAGGCCAGCUUCUUGACGUAGUUGAACACGCGCAGAUAGCAAGAAGAGAAAGCAGAGGGAAAAUGUCGCAUCAGACUGGAAUAUUGGCUACUGAUGAGCUGCGGGAGUUCUUUGCAGCCUGUAAGGAAGGUGGUGCGAAUGAGGGGAGGUACAGGGCGAUCAAGGUGUCCAUAGAAAAUGAGACUCUUGUACUGUCUGACUCUGGCUUGGCUGAUGGAACAUUUGAAGAUGAUUGGGACACCCUGGUGCUGCCCAUGUUGGAAGAGAAGCAGCCAUGUUACAUCUUCUACAGGCUGGACAGUCGGGAGAGCCAUGGGGGGUUUGAGUGGCUCUUCCUCGCAUAUUCUCCUGACCAUGCUCAUAUAAGGGAAAAGAUGACAUAUGCUGCUACAAGGGCUACCCUGAAGAAGGAGUUUGGACAAAGCCAGAUCAAGGAGGAAGUGUUUGGAACAACACCGGAGGACAUCUCUCUUGCAGGGUACCACAAACAUUUGCAGGCCCAGAAUGCACCUGCACCACUGACCGAAGCGGAGGAGGAGCUUAAGUACAUCAAACAACAAGAGCUUCAAAUGAGUUGCAUUCAGGACUCACGGUUUUCAUACUACAAUCGCGAGAUGCCACCACCCGUGGCACCACGGCCUCGCAUGAGGGGUGUGAGCACCCACAUCCAUGUGGAGACCCGGCAGCAGACCGUUCAGGGUGUGGCCUUCCCCAUCGCACAGGCUGCCAUGGCCAAACUGCAGCAGCUGAAGUUAGGACAGAUCGACUAUGUCAGAUUGGAACUAGACAUGGACAGGGAGACCAUAGAGUUGUCGGGUGCUGAGGACACCACAGUCCAGUCUCUGCCACAGAGGGUUCCUGAGGACCACCCCAGAUACCACUUCUUCGUCUUCAAACACACACAUGAGGGAGACUACCAAGAGUCUGUUGUUUUUAUCUACUCAAUGCCGGGGUACAAGUGCAGCAUCAAGGAGCGCAUGUUGUACAGCAGCUGUAAGGCACCACUGUUGGACCAGACAGAACACAGCAUCGGCAUUACUGUCUCCAAAAAGGUUGAAAUCGAUGAUGGUGCUGAGUUGACAGAAGAAUUCCUGAUGGACGAACUCCACCCAAAGAAGAAUGCGUACCGGGAAAAGUUUGCGCGGCCGCAGGGUCCCGCGGGAAAGAGAGGACCAAGGCGGAUGAUCAGGGGUGCAAACACGCCUUCCAGUUAAACUUUCAGUUUAGGCAAAGCUCUUUCACUACUUGCUAACUUUUAGAAAUCUCAGUUCUUCUGUGUAGAUAAUCAAUGGACUGCUAUAAGGCCAUGCUAGAACAUGAUUUUAGAUUUUACAAAGAUUUUGAUUUCAUCAAAGUGCUGGUAUGUGCAUUUAACAACAACCUGCUAUUUUUGCAAUAUCAUUGUUGAAGGAAAUAUGUCCUAAGUGAAAUUUGAUGCCUUUGUCAAGCUUUCACAGUGAUCAGACAGACCUUUUUGACAUUUAAGUAGCAUAUUUUGCUUUGACAGGUAAAAAAUAGAGUAGCAUAUAUUUAGGCGUUCUGAUUGGUCAGGAAUCAGCCAAUCACACAGUAAUAUGGUUAUGGCCUGGCCAAUCACAUUAAAUCUGUGUCACUAUGAAUUUUUACAUACAUUAGAAAAGGUGUAGGCAGAUGUUUACAAGGCAACCAUUGGUCCAGCUUGUAAUUUUGGACUGCCAAGAAAAGUUGGGAAAAUAGAAUACAAAGUGAUUCAUUCCUUACAAAAUACAAUGUAGGAUACUUCAAGCAGAGUUAGGCAAAAUAAACCUUUAGAUAGUGAGUUAAAUGAAAAAAAAAACACCAAUGACUUGUACAACUUUUUAUGAUGACCAAGCCAUUGGUUGUUAUGAUAAUCAUGUGAUUAGUUAGGCAUGGAGUGGGCUGUCUAUAUUGUGCACUUUAUUUUAAUAUUGCACAAUUAUGACAUGGAGCUUAACAGAGAAUUAUGAAAAGGGCUGAUCUAGUCCAUAGUUACAAAUGACAACAACACUUAAAGCACACAAAUAAAUGCAACAAUGCACAAUCUCUACUAUUCUAUAUUCAGAUUGCAACAGUGUGUAAUGAAUUACUUGUUAAGGAAAAAAUGUGUCUUUUCUUAUUGUGUAUUAUGUAUGUGUACACAUGUAUUAAUUCGUUAGUAGGGGUACAAGCUGUGAAAAUGUAAUGCUGUGUUUGUAGUGAAUUGUGAAAGAUAGUAAUCCAUGUUUUGAAGUUUUUCAAGUCAAUCAAAAAAAGAACUACAAGGGUUCAAUAAUGUACUAUUGUGAUGUUUCUUUACCCUAAAGUAGCCUUUUCUCUUAUAUGUAUAUGUGCAUUUAUGUAAUAAUUAAUGUCAAGUCUGUAAAAAAAAUAUGAAAAAAGGCUGUGAGAUGAAAAAAAAGAAGGGGUUAUAUGAUGCAAUUUUGAGGUGAUUUCCUGGACAUUUGUAGCAACUUUUGUUGUAUUAUGGUAUCACAAGUGAUUGUAUCAAAAUAUAUGACUGUAUGAUAUGGUGUAUUCCUACAUUUUGUAUGUAAAUGGUGGUGAAAUUCAUUUCUACACAAACUCAAACUUCUGCCGGCCGGGCUAUAUUGCUCUCCCCACAAGGAAAACUUCAUGUAUAAUACUCCAUGUAGUCCAGAUAACAAACUAAAUAGGAACCUUGAAAUUUACAUAGGGAUUGGCAUGUGUCUGGUUACAUGUAUGUGAUUGUAUGAUCAAGUUGGUGCUCAUAAGCAUAAUUAUUUCAGGCUUUGUGAACUGGGAAAAGGUUUGAGAGUUCUGUGGCAUUUAUAAAACAUUUUUGCCUUACAAAAUAUUUUUGCCAGUGAUAUCUAAGUUUAGAGUCAGAUUGUCAGAGGAUUUGGACAUUCCCAUGUCUUGAGUACAGCUCUAAAAGCUCAUCUCUUUCCUAUGAUUCAAUGGAAAAGUGUGGAGGUAAAGGUAAAAAUCAGUCUUCACUAUGCAGUAACCAUUAGCUGAGGACAUUGAAAUAAGAAUCAUUGCAAAUUUCUACAUCAAGUAAAGAAAACCUUUUCUACAUUAAAGGGUUACCUGAAGUGUAACUUGUGUGGCAAUCUUUCUAAUUUAGCAUAAGCCUGAACCAUUUCUUGAAACUUUUGCAAAUGAAGACACUUUUGUAAUAUUAAAAAAAUUAGGAAACUGG